AUGCCUCCCAAGAAAGACACGUCUGCUGACAGCGGUAUCGCUGGAUACGACCUUAGGGAGACAAAGCUUCUCGCCGCUGCCUUUCUCUCCUCUACCGGCCCUGACAAGGUCCGUCUACACCCUCUCCCAAAGCUUAGCUGGUACGUUACUCUGAAGGCCUCCACUGACCGUCCGCAGUACAACUAUCCUCUCUUCGCCCAGCUUAGCGGCUUCACCGAAGGCACGCUCAAGAAGUUCUGGCCACCCGUGAAGAAGAAGGGCAUCGAGAACCACGAGAACUUCGGCACUUUCCUCAUGGGCGGUUCUGCUGCUCCUGCGACUGCCCCCAAGGCCGCCGCUGGCAAGAAGCGCAAGGCUGCUGACGCCGACGCCGCUGACGUGGACGACAGCAAGGCCUCUGGCAAGCCUAUGAAGGCCCCUGCGAAGGGAAACGGCCGUGGCAAGAAGGUGAAGACUGAGGAGCCGCUCGAGGAACCUGUCAACGAGGACUCUGCCGAUGGUGGAGAUGGUCUGGAAGUGGCCUAG